GGUCAUCUUCAUCUUCUUUCUUUUUUUAUUCUUCCUUUACCUCUUCAUUUGUUCAUAAAUUUCUUGCAUCAGACUAGUCUACCCAAAUAUUCAUCUCUAGUAUUUUGCUUUCUCUACCUUCUUCAAACUCAGUUGCACAAGAUCCUUCUUUUAUCACUUAUCAUGGCUUCUACUUCUUCCACUCCUCCCAAUCAGUGGAAGAAAUGGAAUGUUUUUAUUAGUUUUAGAGGCGACGAUACGCGUCGUGGUAUUCUCUCCCAUCUCUCUAAAGCCUUGAAGGACAAACAAAUCAAGACUUUUACGGACGAAGAGCUUCAUAAAGGGGAAAUGAUAUCACCAGAGCUCUUGAAAAUAAUUCGAGAAUCAAGCGUCUCAAUAGUCAUUUUUUCUGAAAAUUAUGCAGAUUCUCCAUGGUGUUUGGAUGAGCUUGUUGAAAUGCUUAAAUGCAAGGAAGAAUCAGGACAAAUAGUUCUACCAGUUUUUUACAAGGUAGAUCCAACUGACGUUCAAAAGCUUACGGGGAAUUUUGGGAAGGCAUUUGCUAUUGCUACGCAUGGAGAAAAAGGCAGUCCACAAAAGGUCGACAACUGGAAGCGUGCUAUGAUGGAAGUAAGCAACUUAUCAGGAUGGGAUUCACAGAAUAUCAAGGAUGAGGCCGAAUUAGUAGAGAAAAUCGUCAAUGAUGUGUUGAAAAAAUUUAGUGAUAUGUCUAAAAGUGAUGAUUCUUAUGAUCCCAAAUUGAUUGGAAUUAAAUCGCGUGUGGAAAAAGUGGAAUGCUUGUUGAAAGAUAAGCAAGUUGUAGGAAUUUUGGGGAUCGGAGGCGUUGGUAAAACAACUAUUGCACUAGAAGUAUUUCGUCGAAACAAAAAUCAAUUUAAUGGUCAUUACUUUGUUGAAAAUGUCAGGGAAACAAUGAUAAAGAAAUCAUCAAAAUCAGCACGAAAAAAAAUAAUUUGUGAAUUAUUAAGGGACAAACAUAUAGAUGAUUUGAAUGAUCAUGUUUGCAAAAGGCUCAAGAGUAUGAAGGUAUUGAUUGUUUUUUAUGAUAUAGAGGAUCGAAACCAUUUAAAAGAUUUAGCAGGAGAGUGUCAUUUGUAUGGUGAGGGAAGUAGAAUCAUCAUAACUAGUAGAAAUUCACUUGGUUUGUCAAAAGAAGGCAUAUAUGAGGUUGGGGAGUUAAUUGAUUCUCAAGCUCUGGAACUCUUUAGCUUACAUGCCUUCGAGCAAAAUCGUCCCAAGGAAGAAUAUAAGGAGCUAUCAAAGAAGGCGACAAUCUAUGUUGGAGGCCAUCCACUAGCUCUUAAAGUUUUGGGAUCUCAUUUAUUUCGUAGGACGAUAGAAGAAUGGGAAAGCGAAUUGGAAAAAUUGAAAGGCAAAUCUCUUAAAAAAAUUGAAGAUGUUUUGAAAAGAAGUUAUGAUGGGCUAGAAAAGAAUGAACAGGAAAUAUUUCUUGAUAUUGCAUGUUUCUUCAAAGGGCUUCAUAAAGAUAAGGUUGAGAGAAAAUUAAAAGCAUUUGGUUUCUAUCCAGAAAAUGGAAUACCUCGUCUAAUUGAGAAGUCUCUGAUAACUAUUUCAUACAAUAAGGUAGAUAUGCAUGACUUGCUAGAGCAAAUGGGCAAGGAUAUUGUUAAUGAGGAAUGCAAACAGCCUGGCGGACGCAGCAGGUUGUGGAAUUAUAAAGAUAUUGAUGAUGUAUUGACAAGAGAGAAGGUAAGGACCAAAUUAAUCAAUGAAGCUUUUAUCAUUAUCAUAUUUGAAUUUUGUAAGAAUUGUAGAUCUCGUGACGAAUUAAGUAUUAAUCAAUAAUCCUUUUUGCUGUUAUUU